AUGACAAACGUGCAAAUAUUGGCUUUGGUUACACUGGCUCUAAUUUUAAGCCAAACAAAAGCAGAUACAAUUAAAUGUGUUGAUCUUAUACUACAAGCAGUCCCUUGUCAAGGAUUUUUGCUAAGUCAAGGUGUAACACCAAGCCAAGAGUGUUGUGUUAUACUGCAAGAUUUGAGUAGAGAUGCUGCUGCCUCCCAACCAAAUCGUCAAGCUAUGUGCCAAUGCUUCAAAGCUGCUACGCUAACUUUCCCUAUAGAUAUUCAGAAAGCUGAGAGACUUCCUCAGCUUUGCAACUUCACUAGCACUAUUCCCAUUGAUCCCAAUGUUGAUUGUUCCAAGGUUUGAAAGAAGUAUAAAACCAUCAAAAAGUAGAAGAAAUACAAUCCUGUGAUGCCUUCUGAUAGGAAAUGUCAUUUCCUUCUCCAGCAAUUUGCCAUUCUAUUUUAAAUAAAAGACUGUCUAUUGAAUAACUACCUCUGUCUUCAGUAAUGAAACUCUCUACUUUUGUGCA